UAUACAAAAAAAAAUAGUUUCCAUCGCAUCGAUCAUCGAUGUCGUUUUCGACUAUUUGAUUCAGGGAAAAUGGCAUCCACUUUAUUGAAAAAGGCUAUUUUGUCUAAUCCAAAUUCUCUUCGUAAAUCUGUAGGCAUAUUUUGCAAUGCUUCGCGAAACCAUUGGAACUAUCAAUACAAACCUGGUCCAUACCCAAGAACCCCGGAAGAACGCGCUGCAGCGGCGAAGAAAUAUGGAAUGACACCUGAAGAGUAUCAGCCCCAUCCAGAGUAUAUGGGUUAUGGAGACUACCCGAAGUUGCCUGAUAUUGGCGCUGACUCCAAGGAUCCACAUUACCCCUACGAUAUGCCUGAGCUUAAAAGGAAUUUCAAUGAGCCCAUGCAUGCUAGGUCUGAGAUCAUUGGUGAAGACCGCUGUGAUAUUAGCAUGAGACCAAGAUUCCCAUUAUGGUACCAGUGGACAUGGUUCUUGGGAGUUAUUGGAGGGUCAUUCGCCUUGUUCUUUUAUUUAGAGGACUUCAAAAUGGGUAGGCCUGUAUUGUACAAACAGUUCCCACGAGAUGCUCCUCACUACCUUUUUGAGCCGAGGGAGGAGCAUUAACUUAUUUUAAUUUUGUGCUUUAGCAAUUGUAAAUUAAAAAUUAGUUCAAUAAAAUGUUUAUUUAAA